CGGCCCGGCCGCUCACACCCAGCGCGGCCCGAGCCAGGCGGGACGUGCCCGGCGCGGCGGAGAGGCACGAGGCUCCCUAAAAGAUGGGCGACUGGGGUUUCCUGGAGAAACUGCUGGACCAAGUCCAGGAGCACUCGACUGUGAUCGGGAAGAUCUGGCUCACCGUGCUCUUCAUCUUCCGCAUCCUCAUCCUGGGCUUGGCCGGGGAGUCUGUGUGGGGGGACGAGCAGUCGGAUUUUGUGUGCAACACCAAGCAGCCGGGCUGCACCAACGUCUGCUAUGACAAAGCCUUCCCCAUCUCUCACAUCCGCUACUGGGUGCUCCAGUUCCUCUUUGUCAGCACCCCAACCCUGAUUUACCUCGGCCACGUUGUCUAUCUCUCCCGGAAGGAGGAGAAGCUGAAGCAACAGGAGAGCGAGCUUCGGGCUAUCCACAGCAAGGACCCGAAGAUCGAGCAGGCCCUGGCAGCCGUGGAGAAGAAGAUGUCCAAGAUCUAUGUGACGGAGGACGGGCGGCUCAAGAUCCGAGGGGCGCUGAUGUGGACUUACAUCAUCAGUGUGAUCUGCAAGAGCAUCUUUGAGGCUGGCUUCCUCGUUGGCCAGUGGUACCUGUACGGCUUCUCCAUGGUGCCGCGCUACGUGUGCAAGAGAGAUCCCUGCCCACAUCAGGUGGACUGCUUCAUCUCCCGCCCUACCGAGAAGAGCAUCUUCAUCAUCUUCAUGCUGGUGAUGGGCUUGAUCUCCUUAAUCCUGAACCUCCUGGAGCUCUUCCACCUCUGCUGCAAGAACCUGCUUAGCAACAUUAAGAAGGUGUCAGGGCCGGCCGGCCCGAGCCGGGACGCCUUUGCCGAUGACAUGGUCUCGGGUCCCUACCCGCCCAAGCACUACCCCUUCCUGCCCAUGGCCGAGAGCCACACGCCGCCCUACCAGGCCUACAACAAGCUCUCCAGCGAGCAGAACUGGGCCAACUUCCACAACGAGGAGAACCUGGCGCUGGGCAGCAGCAGCAGACCACUGUCGGACCCCUACGCCCCCAGGGCUGCCGAAGCCCCCACCCCGGAGGAGAAGCCGAGCAGCCGGCCCGGGAGCUCAGCCUCCAAAAAGCAGUAUGUCUAGUGCCGGGCUGGCCCGGCCGGCCGAGGGGACCUUCCUUGGUCCCUUGUACCUGCAAAGGUGCUGGGCGCGGGCAGGCAGCUGCCUCCUGCCUGGUGCUGUGCCGUAUGGACGGGCCCCGCUCCGGAGGCUGUGCCCGCAGAGACCUGCCUGCCCUGGGAUGUGAUGCUCAGGAGCAUCCGCCUUGGAGCGGAGCCUCCGCUCUCUCCUGUUUUCCCCACAGACCCUGCAAGGAAGGAAACUGCAGAAAGUUCCCCGGGACGAUGUGUCCCGCGUGCCUCGCCGUGGGAAAGGGAGAAAUCCCUGGAGCCACAUGGCUGGGAACAGGCUGUCCCCAGGGCCAUGGUAGAAGCGUGCUGCCUCUUGGGAGCCACGACUCGGCCGGACCCCGGGGCUUGCCGGAGCCCCCGCCGGCAUGAGAGCUGGGCAUGCGGCCGUGGGAAGCCGCUUGCCUCCAGCCUCCGCACGGAGCAGGCUGAGCCCGGGAGGGCUGGGGGGAGCUGAGCUGAUGGGUCCUGGCCACCAGCCCUGUCCUGUUCCUGUGACCCUGGCAGGGAGCCAGCGGGGCCAGCAGCUCCUGCCCAGGGUUCGCUGCAGGAGCUGCCCCUUCUCCGUGGGGCACAGGGAGGGUUAAGCCAGCAGCAGCUCUCAGCCGGGGCUCUGUGGUGACUGGCAGAUCCCAAUGGCUGCAGGGUCACUGCUUGGGUGCCCUGGGAGUUGGAAGCUCCCCCGCCCCACCUCCAGGCCCUGGACCCUUUCCCAUGUGGUGUGUGUCUCUAAGUUAUUUUUAACCUGCUGGCCUGAGCACGGAGCUUUCUGCCUUAAAGGCGCAGUUGUGCGGGGGAUUUGGGGAACCGUGUCCAGCCCGGGCCACGCACCCUCCAGCCCUGUGGGUUUUGGGGAGGAAUUAGCCUAGCAGCUGCUGGUUCAGGGGGGUAUUGGUUUUAUUACUUUGCACUAGUCAUCUCCUGCUGUGGACUGAGGUGCUGAGGGGGGGACAGAAGAACCAACUGCCACCACGAGAGCGGUUGCCCCAACUUCCCCAGCCCACUGAUGCUGUGAAAGGGGAAGGUCCUGCCGUGACCGAGGGGCUGUGGGUCCUGCAUGACCCAGGUGGGAGUGUGGGAUGCAGACAUUGCUCCUCCAUGCUGUUUCCUUUCCCCCCGGCAGACUCAGUGUUGCAUCUUGUUGAAUAAAGUUGGAUGAAUGAAA